CCGCAGCCGAUCUGGAUCUGCAUUCCUCAUUCGACCGAUUCGAUCGACCGGCUCGCCGUCGCCCUCUGUACUUCACCUCCAACGCAGCCGCAGCCGCCUGUCGUCCUGCCAUCGCUGCCGGUCCCGCUCUCGAGCCAGGCGGUUCUGUUCUCUUGGUCAGCUCGGCUUGCCCAGCCGAUUGUUGCUCUCCAUCCAACAACUUCAUUCACUCGCACCGUCUCCCGAUUGCUUGCCGCACCGCACACCCGUAAUUCGUCCAAUCCACAGCCCCAUACACUCCCGAGUGCUGUCCAGCGAGCCCACCCGCUCUCAGUCUCGCCAACCCCCUCCUCUUCCGACACGUCCUGGUCGCACCCACCGCCAGCUUCCGAAUCAUGUCGGUCCCUGAGGUCGUCUCUUCCGCCGUGGCCAUGUCGAUCCUCAACAGUCCUAUCAGCUUCUUGAUCGGAGUAACCGUCUCGCUGCUGGCGUCCUGCUGCUCGAAUCUCGGAGUCAACAUGCAGGCCGCCGCUCUGGCUUCUCGGCGAGAAUCCAACCGGCGUGCUCUCGAAGAGUCCGAAGUCUUGUUUCCCCCGGAAGAGUCCUCUCUCGAGGACUCACAGAGCUCGCUGCUCGAACUGCCAACCCCCCAUGCCGGAUAUGCCGACCAUUCUCCCGGCAGCUUCAACCCAGAGCCGAGCACAUCGUCGGCGACCCAACUGUCGGACACGUCAGCGUACCCAGCGCCGGCCGACGACGACGGCAACGACAACAUCAAUGGCCGACUCAAGCUGCGUAGCCCCGACCGCUCUGCCGGCACGCACUCUCAUCACUCUGUCAAUCCGUCACAUCUUAGCCCGCACUUCCGCAGCUCGUCGUCCGACUCGAUUGUGAGCCUCUCAAGCUCCAUCGAUGGGGCUCCCGUCUCCACCUUGCGCGUCGGCACGGAUCUGUCCAAGCCGACAGCCGGAUGGAGAUAUCUGUGCUCGCCCGAGUUCUUCGCUGAGUGGAAGUGGUACCUCGGUAAGUAGCCCUGAGUCCUGCCAUCGUGAUCGUGUUGUUCUUUUGCUGAUGCGCGGGGUGGGAACAGCGAGGGUUGCGACGCCCUGGCCUGCAAUGUACAGCAACGCACGCAGUCCUGCAUCGCGGCAUCCGCCCGAGCGAUUGGCGUCCGCCCGAUCGAUGGGCAUCCAGUCGGAAUUCGAUCGAUUCAGAGCCGAACCAGCAUCAAUGGUGGUGGCAUAUAGUCGCUCCCACC